AUGAUACCUCAUUCUUCUGCCGGCGUUCAAUCCUGGGGUCAGCCCCUUCACGCCGUUUAUAGCGGUACUGGACGUGCCGACCUUUCGCAGCCCCUGGGUCAGCCUGACCGUCAGUCCGAACAACCAUCUAUGCCGGUGCCGCAACUACAAGGUAGACCACCGGCACUCAUCGAUCUGACAGCGAAUGACGGAGAUGUGCUGGAUCGCGAACCACCGGCGAAGAGACUGAAAAUAGAUGUGCAUGCUGGGUCAGGAGCUGGUGAUGGAAGCCCAGCUUCUGCAGGUGUGGGAGAAUCAAAGAGUACUCCAAGUACAACAACUUCGAAACCGCCUUCGCUGUCCUGGCGUGCGCGUCCGGUGUGGUCAUUUCAAGCAUUACUCUCUGAAGUAUCUGGAAGCGCAGAGAUCAAUGGUGAAAGUGCAGCAGGUGUCGUGCAGGAUGUGAAGCCCCCAUCGCCGCCUUCAUUUCCUGGUCCACCUUGGAAGCUUGCUCCAGCAGAUACCAUAGCAAGUGAUCCCGCAGGACCACAGGAUGGCGCACCGGCAAAGGAGGUGCAAACUACACCAUAUCACAUUGAGACCCCUUCUGUUGCACCAGUUAUGGGAGGCGAGAAGGUUGCGGAUUUCUCCCCAUGGAUGGGCAAUCAUCCGGAAGACGUACUUAAUGAGCAAACGGCAAAGCAAGGAUACUACGAUCGCACACAGGUGUCCCAAAAUGAGUCCAAUACAGCUCGUCCCUCCCUGUAUGCGCAAUUGAAGCACCGCUCUGGCCUGCAAAUACUGUCGUCGGUUUUUGCAGCCGCACUGGAGAAAAGACAGGGCCAUAACAUGGUCACUGCGCCGUCAACAUUCAAGCCCCCUCCGCGAGUCACGCUGACGGACAACAAACGUGAGGCCUGGCUCCGCGAUCUCGCGAAUCCGAAUGUCCCGCUGCGCAAACUUAGUCGAACCAUUCCUCAUGGUAUCAGAGGCAGAGUUCUUUUAGAUCAAUGCUUGACCAAAUGGGUUCCUGUCGGCCGUGCUGUGUGGCUUGCGAAGUGCGUCGGCGCCAACGAAAUCCGUGCUUUCAAAAGGAAAGGUACCAGUGGCGCUUUGGCCAUCGGCCUGGAAGCUAAAUGGGUGCGCGACUGGACUGCCAAUGUCCAACAGUUUCUCGAAGGUGUAAUCACUAGUUGUGGAGUAGCAGACUGGAAGAUGAAGAUGACUUACGCGGUCAGUUUGACCGCUCGUUUGUUCUUCGAGCAACUGCUUGACCAUGACCAGUAUCUCGGAUGGUUCCUCACAUCGCUGGAGGCAGCGCCAUUUAACACCUUGCCAGUCUGGCUUCUAAUGUUAGGAAUCUACUGGAGCAACAUACUGCGAUAUAGGAAGCGAGGACGGCGGCUCGCUGAACUCUUGCUUGACAAACUGCAACUAGCUAUCAAGGCGGAUUCGGCCACAUCCCUUCGCCCGUUGACAGACCGAUUGUCACUGCAUAUCAGAAAACUAACUCUUGAGCAUACUUCAUCCAUGGUGCUUCCACAGUCAUGGGAAAAGUACAAAGAUCUCCUAUCGUCCUGUUUGAACCUAAACGACAAUGUGCACAGAGCGGUCUUUCAAAACUUGGCUGAGCGAAAUGCGCGGGUGCAGAGGCCUUGGAAAUGUGAAGAGACAACACAACAACCGGCACAGCAACGCAUCAUCCAACUGUUCGACUCGAUAGGCUCUUCACGCGACAUCACAUCUGUUUCCGCUGCAUCUUUGGGUGCGAUAGAUGACAAGGCUGCUCUUGUUCUCAAACUGCUCGAGUGGGCAGCGACUCCGUUUCGCUAUGGUGUAUCUCGUGUUUAUGCCGGCGCCCGCCUCCUGCGGAAAUGGAAGAUCGCUGGAGUCGAUGUGGAUACCUGCAUCAUUUCCUUCCUUGGCGAGAGUCAGAUGAGAGACCAAUUGAACAUCGACAACAUCUAUCAUAUCGUCUCUGAGCUCGUCAGAUCCCAGACAUUUUCGGUUGGAAAGUACCUUCAGUGGCUGAUGGCAAAGGGGCUCCCUGUGAGCCGCCUUCCUGAGCAUGUACACAACCUCCGUAACACUCUGCUGCAGCGCGCCGGAGUCGAAGUGUCGAAAGAGGCUUCUACCAUCGCCAUACUCAAGGCAUUAAUAGCCGAACGUCUCCCAAGGGUCUUUGGUUCUGUCGCGACAAGUGCAGGAUCCCGUGACCCUUUACCGUCAGAUCUGACCUGGGCCGUGAAAUCUGAGCUUGGUCAGUGGAUUCGGCGUGGAGUUACUGAGUUUGGGCGGGAUCCUCGUAGCGCAUUUCAGGAUCUCCAUUCCGCGCCUGGCGCAGAGCACUUCGCACUCACCCCUGGCGAAUUCUAUACCGUAAGGGAUAUUUUGGAAAGUUUCGGCGAUCUUUCAAUUCUUGCGGACGUACUCAAGCAGGCCACCGUUUGCAAUGACGGAAUUGUUUUAGCAUCCGCUGCGGAUACAGUCAAUUAUCAUUUCCGUUCUUUCUGUGUUAUCGGUGCUACAACCGAUCUUUUCAAGAGAUUGGUAGAGUCAUAUGCCCGUCUCAAACGGCUUGGAUCGACCUCCUUGGACUUGAUCUUCUCAUUGAUAGACCUUGGGCUUCGGCUACCCGGAGAGCUCAAUACAGUUGCUCUUCUCCGUCAGGACCUCUCACGGAUUGAAAGCAAAUCAUCUAUGGCAGCACCAUCACCACUGUCUGAUCACAUACCCUCUGCUUUUAAUGAAGCCGAUCCGCUCUUUCUGUUGAAGCUAGAUCAGCUCCUCUCGUCCGCAAGUGGUAUAGAUGAGUCCACGUUGGAUACGAUUUUUAACCUUCUCAUCAAACAAAUAGAAUCCAGCGGUGGUCAUGCUAAGCUCUCGGUGAAUGAAACAUGCAGGUAUUUGUCGUACCUCAGACCUUUUCAUCCCAAGCGUUUCGACAUCAUGAUAGUCCGCUGGAUCUGUGGCCUUCUCAGAUCCACCACCGGAGGGAUACUGUCCCAAGUCCUGCCUCCUUUGAUCGGCGUUGGAUGCGUUACCAUUCAAGCCUUCGUGUCCCUCGUACGAAGGCUUCUCAAGUCCGAGAAUAUGAUAUCCAACCCAAGGGACUUGCGCAUAGAUCUUCUUCAGCUUCUUGUACCUCCACCGGCAGGUCAGAGUCGAUAUUUCGACAUGGUCACAUAUCGCUUCCAUCUGUCACGGAAAGAAUUUAUGUUCAAGCACCCUGAGGAGGUUUUCGACAUUAUUCGGGAUGCUAUCGCCUUGAUUGAUUCGCAAAGCCAAGAAGGAAACUGUCGUCAGGGACAAGUGGAUCUAGGUCACAGUGCGAUGGCACUCCUUCAGAUUUUGCUCACCAAGAAUCCAGAAAGUGCUGUUCAGCACUGCACAGAGAAACUGAUUGGUCAGCAUCCGUCUGCAGUGACAGUUUUGACAAGAGCGCUCGAUUCCCUUCUGGGAUUGGAUACCAAAGCAGGUGAGCGCUUAUUCACUUCAAAUGGUCCUUUUAUCUUCAUUCCCAUUGACACUGGUCCAGCGCCCCCAGACAUAUCUGUUGCUGAAAAGGUCAUCGAACUGACCAACGAUUUCUCCCUCCCUUUCUGUCAACUGAAGCUUCAGCUUCUAUUCAACGCGGAGACUAAGGGCGAUGUGAGAAAUGAGAUAGUGGACGUGAUGUUCAAAGCUGCAGUUGCAGACUCUCGCUCAAGGCGAUCCAACUGGGUGGGACUGGUUCGUCUGAUGAGUCAUGAUGCAGUCCGACAGAUUCGAGAACGAGCCGAGAAAAAUUUCUUCGCUAUACCCUUGUUUGAGGAGUCACCCGAUGGCUGUUCGUCAUUUGCUGCAGACAACAGCAGCUCACUCGAAACGGCGAAACUGUACCUGACGAUCAUCGAGAAGCUGGGGUAUAGCAUUCCCGAUGUGGGCCCACAGGCUGUUAUCCCUGCCCUCACCGAGAAGAUGGAUAUACUGCUCCAAAGACUUAUCAGCAUGCAAGCGAACUACAGUGGUACUACUGAGCUUAGUCAUGGAGUUGACGCAGAACAAAUGAUCCGGUCACGCGGGCAGUUCGAGAGAGCCGUUGCGUUCUGGUUUUCUGCGUUGCUCAGGAUGAUUGUCCUUCAUCGGACUGCUUUCAGUGUGCCAUCAGCCGCACUCAGACCCAGCGCAUUGCCAGAGCAAACGCGCUUGCUGAUAUCGAUAUUCUGCAUAACUUUCGCGCGUCUUCCAGAUAGUGUGUUGCGACUCUUCCCAGCGGCCGACUACUUUCCCCACUCGAUGAGGGCAGGAGACUGUCGUCCUUGUCCGGGUAUCCUGCUGCAGACGCAUGCCCUGGAUGUUGCAGCAUCCCUUAUUGAUACGUUUCCUGAUGAAGCCCGGCAUCAAUGCGCUCGCUAUCUGAGGGAAAAAUGCCCUCCUUUCGCUCGGGUUCAGAAUGACUCGCGCUUCCUCUACCUUCUUGGUCCCCUUGGCGAUAGCCCAUCUUCUACUAACCUUACACUUCCUGUAUCCAUUCCAUCACCUGCUGCUUCUGGCUCCACUCCCGCCCCUACUCCUUCGGGUAAUCCCACAGGCGGAUUCUCUCACCCCCAACAACCUGCAUUCGUUUCAGGUGUGCCGACUGGACUGCCAGAUGGCUUGAACUGCGCUGCUAGCCAUCUUUGUCUUCAAUACCGUGGCCGGGCCAUUGGAGCUUACCCUGUACGUCCAUGGGAACUCCUCGAAGAUGCUGCCCCCAUUGCUGGUACCAACGACACUGCAGUCAGUCUAGGAUACUUUGAUGCCCGGCGUGUCAGGGUCUAG